AUGCUCAUAUUCCUCCUUCCGGUCCUUCUUCUUACGCUCUGCCACGUGGAUCUCUCCACUGCGUGCGGCUCUUCGACGGAUUCCGAGUACAUCCAGAGUCCGGUAUUUCAAAUGCAAAUAAGUCCUCCGGUUGGAUGGACCUAUUUCCCUUCGACUCCUUCAGUCACAAGUCAGGCCAUCUGGUACUUUGUCGGCCAAUCCAAUGACACUACGACGGCCAAGAAUCGAGCUGAUACUGAAUUGACUGCUGCGGUAAGAAAUGAAUGGAAUUCGAAUUUGAAGAGUGAAAUGGGUGGUUUCAGAUGCUGGAAGCUUUGAUUGCUGCCGAUCUGAAUACGAACGGAGUGACAGUCUCCAACGACUUCCAGCCGAUUCAAGUGGAGAAUCCGCAGACGACGACGCCGACCGGAAGUCUUUACGGAAAGGUCGAGGGAGGAGCCCUUGUGGCCACUGCUCCUGGAGUCUCUACUGGUUAGUCAUAGCAUCAGAAGGUAUCAUUCAAUAUAUCCAAUUUGCAGGUUCCACACUCACCUACACCGCCUACCACGUCACCCUCCGAGUGACCGUCAGCAACAUCGGAGCCACUCGCUUCUACUGGAACAUUGUCGAGAACACGUUCCUCCAGAAGAUGACCAUGAACUACAAAGCCCAAUUCACAGGAGAUGUGACCGUCACCAAAGUUUAG